GAGAUACCGCUCUCCGAGUGCCUCAAGGACACGGUCGAGCGGUGCCUGCCGUACUGGGAGAGCGACAUCACGCCGGCCCUCAAGCGCGGCAAGACGGUGCUGGUGGCGGCGCACGGCAACUCGAUCCGCGGCAUCCUCAAGUACCUCGACGGCAUCUCGGACGACGAGAUCACCAGCCUCGAGGUGCCCACCGGCAUCCCGCUCGUCUAUGAGCUCGACGCGGACCUCAAGCCGCUCCAGAUGAGCGGCGCCGUCGCGCCCCUCUCGGGCCGCUUCCUCGCCGACCCAGAGGCGCUGAAGAAGGCGCAGGAGGAGGUUGCAAACCAGUCCAAGCUGCGCUACGGCGUGAAGUGAGGCGCCGCUUCGCCCAAAGGGAAGCCAGCCGCGCAAUGCGCCGCCUUCGCCGCCCCGACAGCGCCAGCCCGGUCCAGCUGCGUUUUCUUUUCGCUUCGAGCGCCCUAGUGAAAGAAUGCCGGUCGCGGCGGUUAUAUC